CCAAUCCAAAACUCCACUCCACUCUUUUUCUUCUUCUAUCCGCUCCGCCAUGGCCACCGCCGCCGCCUUCCUCUUCCACGCCCCGCCGCGCGGCCACCACCACAACCACAAGACCAAGCCCGCCACCAGGCCCACGACCACCCUCUGCUCCGCCGCGCCCUCCUCCACGCCCUCCCUCGCCGACCAGCUGGAGCCGCUCGCCCGCACGCUGCUCACCGACAAGCCCACCCCCGCCGCCGACCGCGCGCAGCGCCCCACCCCGGAGCCCACCUGGGUCAAUCCCUCCAGGCCGCGCCCCACGGUGCUGUCCCUCCGCCGCCAGCGCCGCCGCCCGGCCUCCUCCCACCCGUCCUCGGCGCCGCUCCAGCCGCUGCUCCGCGACCUGCGCGCGCUCCCGGAGGACGCUGACCUGGCGCCCACCCUCCACGCCUUCUUCCCGCUCCCGGACUCCCCGCCCACCUCCUCCGACGCGCUGCUCCUCCUCAACUACCUCCACCCGUCCUGGCGCAAGACGCUCUCCCUCCUCGCCUACCUCCGCGGCCUCCCCGCCGACGCCGGCUUCGCCGUCGACACCAUCCUCUUCAACGUCGCCCUCAAGUCGCUCCGCGCCGCGCGCCGCUGGGACGAGGCGGAGCUGCUCGCCCUCGACAUGGUCGACUCCGGCGUCCCGCUCGACAACAUCACCUACUCCACCCUCAUCACCGCCGCCCGCCGCUGCCGCCAGUUCGCCAAGGCCGUCGAGUGGUUCGAGCGCAUGUACUCCCCCGGCAGCGCCGUGCUCCCCGACGAGGUCACCUACUCCGCCGUCCUCGACGUCUACGCGCAGCUCCGGAUGAAGGAGGAGGUGCUGGCCCUCUUCGACCGCGCCCGCGGCAGCGGCUGGAAGCCCGACCACGUCGCCUUCGCCGUGCUCGCCAAGAUGUUCGGCGAGGCCGGCGACUACGACGGCAUCCAGUUCGUCUUCAAGGAGAUGCGGGAGGUCGGCACCAAGCCCAACAUCUUCGUCUACAACGCGCUGCUCGAGGCGCUUGGCAAGACCGGCAAGCCGGGCCUCGCCCGCAACCUGUUCGAGGAAAUGACCGCCGAGGGCGUCGAGCCCAACGCGCGCACGCUCACCGCCGUGGCCAAGAUCUACGGCCGGGCUCGCUGGGGCCGCGACGCGCUCCAGCUCUGGGACCAGAUGCGCGAGAAGAAGAUCCCAGCCGACAGCAUCCUCUGCAACACGCUGCUCAGCAUGUGCGCCGACGUGGGGCUGGUCGCCGAGGCCGAGCAGCUCUUCGAGGAGAUGAAGGACCCGGACCUCACCGACGUCCCCCAGCCGGACAAGUGGAGCUACACGGCCAUGAUCAACAUCUACGGGAGCAUCAAGGACGCGGACCGCGCGCUCCAGCUGUUUGUGGAAAUGCUCCAGAGCGGCAUAGAGGCCAACAUCAUGAGCUACACCAUCGUGAUCCAGUGCCUCGGCAAGGCGAACAGGAUACGGGAUGCCGUGGAGGUGCUCGAAGCGGGGCUGGAGAGGGGCCUCAAGCCCGACGACCGGCUAUGCGGGUGCCUGCUCUCUGUUGUCGCGCUAAGCACCGGGGAGGAGACGGAGCUGGUGCUCGCCUGCCUCGAAAAGUUCAACGGAAACCUGGUCAAGCUGAUCAGGAUGCUCGGGGAUGACCAGGUGGGCGCCGAUGAGCUCAAGGAGCAGCUAAAGGCCGUGCUGAACGCCGCGGAGACCGAUGUGCGCCGGCCCUACUGCAACUGCCUGAUCGACAUAUGCCAAAACCAUGGCCUGCCCGCCCGGAGGCCCAGGGAGCUCUUCCGGCUCGCCCAGGGCUACGGGCUCUACUCCAAGCUCCACAUCAGGAAGGACGACGAGUGGCUGCUGGACCUGCGGUCGCUCUCGGUCGGCGCGGCCAAGACGGCGUUCGACGACUGGAUGGCAGCCCUCACGGAGCGCGCCGUGCAGGACCAGCCCCUGCCGCAAUCCUUCAACGUGUUCACCGGGUCCAGCACCCACAAGUUCGCGCAGGGGCUGGCGAGCGCCUUCGCAGCCCACCUCGAGGAGGCGGCAGCGCCGUUCCGCCCGAGCGAGUCCCAGGUCGGCAGCUUCGUCAGCUCCAGGGACGAGCUAGUCCUGUGGCUGCAGACGAGCAGUUCGUCGUCUCCGUUCCAGGCAUUGCAAGCAUAUCUUGUGGUUCAAGCUUGUGUUGAUUUGGUGACAGAUAUCUGUCAUCAGUCAUACCAAACCGAAUGCUAUGUAAAAGCAGAGACUGCCCUGCCAGGUUGUGUUUUGCAGUUUGCUUGCCAACCUGCUUCAGCACCUGUUUCUUUUAGGGUUGCUUCAGUAUUUGUUGGCACUGAGAGCUGGAAGAGAAGUAUGAUCUCUGAUCCCUUCAUAAGGAUACUUAUGUGGUUCUUCCACGCAGGGUUACUGACUGAAAGUGGCGAAGUCAUGCUUAGUUGCGGCGAUGGCUUUGUAUGCAGUUUUGAAAUGCCACUUGUUGAGUUCAGUGUAUAUCUUGCUGAUUCCAUAUACCAUCUCUUCUCAGCUGCGUGCAGUGCAGGCACUGAAGCGGUUGAACUGAACAUUCCUCAGGAUGAUCACCACCACCACGGCGACGACGACGAUGGUUCCUUGCUGAUCGUGGAAGAGGAGCACCGAUUAGCUGCUGAAGGUGAUGUGGUGAUCGGCCGGAGCGGGAGGGGGAAGAUGAUUCUCGCCGUGCUCUUCGCCAACUCCGAGGGCAACAUCCUCAUCGAGAGGUUCCAUGGCGUCCCGGCGGAGGAGCGGCUGCACUGGCGCUCCUUCCUCGUCAAGCUCGGCGCCGAGAACCUCAAGGGGGCCAAGUCCGAGGAGCUCCUCGUCGCUUCCCACAAGUCGGUCUCCAUUGUGUAUACCAUGAUUGGGGACGUCUGCCUGUACAUUGUUGGCAAGGAUGAAUAUGAUGAGCUUGCUCUGUCGGAGGUGAUCUUCGCUGUUACGUCGGCGGUGAAGGAUGUGUGUGCGAAACCACCCACCGAGCGCCUCUUCCUCGACAAGUACGGGAGGAUCUGUCUGUGCCUUGAUGAGAUCGUUUGGCAGGGGUUGCUGGAGAACACGGAGAAGGACAGGGUCCGGAGGCUGAUCAGGCUCAAGCCCCCAUUACAAGAGACCGGAGCGAUGGAUGUGGUGAACGGCGUGCUCAACUGGGCGGCGGCGCCCGCCAUGCUCGCCGCCCUCCUGCUCUUCUACCCGCCAUACUACCUCUUCAAGACCUGCUACUCCUUCCUCUCCUACCUCUUCCCGGACAACCUCAAGCGCAAGGUCGUCCUCAUCACCGGCGCCUCCUCCGGCAUCGGCGAGCAACUGGCCUACCAGUACGCCGCCAAGGGGGCAUGCCUCGCCCUGGUGGCCAGGAGGGAGUGGAGCCUCCGCCAGGUCGCCGACCGUGCCUUCGACCUCGGCGCGCCGGACGUCAUCAUUCUCCCCGGCGACGUCGCAGACCCUGACGACUGCAACAGAUUCAUUCAGGCCACGAUCGACCACUACGGCCGAUUGGACCAUCUUGUGUGCAACGCCGGCAUUGCGAGCGUCGGCGCUUUUCAGGAGAUUCCCGAUGUCACUAACUACAGCUCCCAGCUUGAUGUGAACUUCUGGGGUGCAGUUCAGUCCACUUUUGCUGCUCUGCCUCAUCUUAAAAGGACCCGAGGGAGGAUCGUCGUCACCGCGUCGGCGACCGGAUGGAACCCCGUUCCGCGCAUGAUUUUCUAUAACGCUGCCAAUGCCGCACUGAUAAACUUCUUCGAGACGCUGCGGGCGGAGCUUGGCAGUGAAGUUGGCAUCACAAUAGUGACGCCAGGGUGGAUCGAGUCCGAGAUGUCCAAAGGCAAGUUCCUCAAGGAGCAUGGAGGUGUGGAGGUUGAUCAAGAAUUUCGAGAUGCUCAAGUUGGUCUAUUCCCGGUGGAGUACGCCAAGAACUGCGCGAGGGCGAUGGUGCAGGCAGCUCGCCAAGGUGACCGUUACCUCACCGUGCCCUCAUGGUUCGGCACAAUGUACCUGUGGAGGGUGUUUGCGCCGGAGGUCAUCGAGUUCUGCUAUCGCCUCCUGUACAUGCACGGCCAUGGUGGCGGCGACCAGACCGAUGCGCCGAGCAAGACGAUGGCCCAGGGUGGCGGGAAGCAGAUGCUGUACCCCUCCUCGCUGCAGUCCUCCGACGUCAAGAACGAGUAGGAACUUGGUAUAUACGUAUAUGGUUCACAUAUCCUUAGUUAUGUGCUUCGAUCUACGUGGAUGCUAGUCCUAGCUAGUUUAUAAUUUUGAAUAAGUUGUGCUCUAGCUAAUAGUGUUGGAUUUGAGAGUGCAGGUUCGAUACUUGCUUUAUAUGUGAUAUGUGAGACUGGUUUGUGUCUUCAGAAUAAUGUUUGCGUUGAACUAUAUUGUCUGCAUCUCUUCAUCA